AUGCAUCACACCACACUCCCCGCCGUGGCAGUUGCCCUGCUGUCUGUCCUCCCAGGAGCUCAGGCCGGGCUGUAUACCAAGAAGUCGCCUGUUUUGCAGGUGGAUGCGAAAGACUAUGAUCGUCUGAUUGCCAAGAGCAACUACACUUCUAUUGUCGAGUUCUAUGCCCCAUGGUGCGGCCAUUGCCAGAACCUCAAACCUGCCUACGAGAAAGCAGCCAAGAACCUUGAGGGCUUGGCCAAAGUAGCUGCGGUGAACUGCGACGAUGACGCCAACAAGCCGUUCUGCGGAUCAAUGGGCGUCCAGGGCUUCCCGACCCUGAAGAUUGUGCGGCCAAAGAAGGGAGGAGGCAAACCAACCAUUCAAGACUACCAGGGCCAACGGACAGCCAGCGCCAUUGUCGAGGCUGUCGUGCAGCAGAUCAACAACUAUGUCGUCAAGGUCGAGGACAAGUCGCUGGAAAAGUUCCUGAGCGACAAGAACGACACUGCCAAGGCCAUCCUGUUCACUGAGAAGGGUACCACAUCAGCGCUGCUGAAGAGCAUCGCCAUCGAGUUUGCGGACGUCAUUACGAUUGGUCAGGCGCGGAACAAGGAGUCUAAGACGGUCGAGACCUUUGGCAUCGAAAAGUUCCCUGCUCUAGUGCUACUCCCGGGUGGCGACGCGGCCGGUGUUGUCUACGAAGGGGAGAUGAAGAAAGCACCAAUGGUCGAGUUCCUUUCACAGGCCGGGCAACCAAACCCCGACCCGCCGGUUAAGACCAGCGGCAAGAAUAAGAAGCAGAAGAAGGACGACAAAGCGUCAGAUAGGCCCUCUUCAUCCAAGACCAAGUCAAAGGCAGCUUCUUCCAAGACGUCGUCUGCGACCACUGAGUCCGAGGCAUCGACCUCAACGCAGGAAGCCCCGGUCAUCGUGGAAACGGCCCUGCCGAUCCCCGUGAUCAACUCGCCCGAGAAGCUGAUCAAGGAGUGCUUGACCGAGAAGUCUCACACAUGUGUGCUCGCCUUCGUCUCCUCGAGCGAGGACGAGACCGCCAAGCAGGCUCUCGCAAGCCUUUCAGAACUCGCGUUUAAACACGCCCAGAGCAAGCGCCAUUUGUUCCCCUUCUACGAGGUCCCCAAGAGCAACGAGGGAGCGGCUUCCCUCCUCAAGGCUCUCGACCUGCGCGGCGACAUCGAGAUCGUCGCUAUCAACGCGCGCCGCGGAUGGUGGCGGCACUACGAGGGAGCGGAUUUUGGACACGAGAGCGUCGAGAGCUGGAUCGAUGCAAUUCGGAUGAGCGAGGGAGUCAAGAAGAAGCUGCCUGAGGGCAUUGUUGCCAUUUCGGUCGAAGAGCCUGCGUCGUCAGCCGUGCCAGAGGCGUCGUCAGAGCCCACUCCGGAUGCUACCGAAGCCGGGAAGAGCCAGGACGCGACCCCGGUCACCCCUGAAGCCAGCGGCGAGCCGGCGAGCGACUCCACCGAGUCCACGUCAACUGAAGCCACUGACCCCACCGCGGAGGCCGAGACCGCGCAUGACGAGCUCUAA